AUGAAACCCAAGCACCAGUGGAACUUGUUAAAUGGUACAUCAAAAUUUAAAUUUACUAUUGUUCGACAUCCAUUUCGACGUAUAAUAUCCACCUAUUAUGAUAAGUUUAUUUAUCCUGAACCGUUUGAACAUACAGUGUGGACACCUAUCAAACAAAAUAUGUUGAAAACAUUAAAACAUAAAAUAUUCACGCUUAACACAUUUUUGUUAUAUAUUGUUUAUUCCAUUCAACGUAAUUUAAAACUCAACGCUCAUUGGGAACGAGUUGUAACAGUCUGUGGUUUCUGUAAAAUCAAAUUUGAUUGGAUCGGAAAAUAUGAGAAUUUUGAUGAAGAUGUCAAAAUAUUAUUAAAACAUUUGAAGAUAGAUAGCAAAAUAAGUUUUCCGUCGCAUAAACUGGAUCUAAAUCACACAAAGUUAGAAUUAGACGAUAAAACAAUGUACGAUAUGAUUAAAUCGAUUGGUAAAAAGGAAUACAAUGUACUAUUAGAUUAUUACAGGCCAGAUUGUGAGGCAUUCAAUUAUACAAUAGAAGAUUUUGAAACUAAAACUUAA